AUGGCGUUAGAGGUGGUGCAAAACGAUAAUGGAGAAGGUGCCAAGUGGGUUUGUGAUUCAUCUUUGGAUCAUAAAGGGAGACUUCCUCUUCGAUCUUUUACCGGUACUUGGAAAGCAUCAUUCUUCAUUAUCGCAAUUGAGUUGAGUGAGAGGCUUAGCUACUUCUCAAUGGCAGCCAAUCUCAUCUCAUACCUAACAAAAGUGAUGCACCAAGACCUCACCACUGCAGCCAAGAAUGUGAAUUGCUGGUCCGGAGUUACCACCAGCAUGCCUUUACUUGGCGCCUUCAUCGCCGAUGCCUAUGCUGGCAGAUACCUCAUGAUCAUGGUUUCUUCCUCCGUCUAUAUCGCGGUACAUACUAUCACCACCCAUGUCAGAUUUAGAGGGGUAAACUAG